CGUCUUUGUCUUCAAAGCAUCAUCAUCAUCAUCUUCUGUACCGACAAGCACAGCUUCUUCAAGGGGAAUGAGUGUGUCGUGUCUAGACAAUCGCGCGCGAUAAAAAAAAAAUAAAAAAAAUUGCGGUUCAAUACUUCAUUUCCCGCUUCCCUCUGCCACAUCAGCCAGCGCGCGUCGGUCUUGAUCGGGCACGUGCGUUCGGCCCGAUGGAACUUCGUCGUCAUAUGCUCUUCGUCGUCGUGAUGAUCCUCGUCAUCGUUGUGAUCUUCGUCGUCGUUGUGAUCUUCGUCACAAUGUUCUUGUCAAGCUUCAAGAUCAUGUUCGUGAUCGUGUCUUCCGUGAUCACGUUCGUCGUGAUUGCGGUCGUGUUCGUGACGAUCAUCCACUUGAUCACGUUCUUCGGGAUCGUGGUCGCGGUCGACGUCGUGAUGAUCAAGGUCGUGAUCACCUUCGUGAUCUUGAUUGUCGUCGUGAUGGGGGUCGUCGAAGGUCGCGCGUCAUUUCAUGCAGUCGAAGUUCUGCAAGGCUGGGGGGAUGAGAGUUCUCGCGGAAUUUGGAAUGGCACGAACUACACAUUUGUGCUGUCCACUGCUCAGCGGGUGCAGAGGUGGAUGGCAUACGAGGGCAUACGAGACACGAGAGCGCCCGCGGGUGGCCAGAGACAACGGAUGGACGACGCAGAGAGGGACGACAUUCAGGACGCCCUCGAUGAGGAGGAGGGCCGCGAGGGUGGGGCCAGGGAGGGGGGGGUGGCAGACGAGGCAGACGAGGCAGUAAGAGAGCCUGAUCUGCCAGGGGAGGAGGUGGCGAUGACGUCAAGAGGCGUUGGUCGAGCGGGUCCCGCUCCUAGGGCGCCGCGACCUGAGUUGGACCGCGCGAGGAGGGAGAAGAGGACAGUGGGGCAGGCUGCCGUGGAGGUGCCAGACACGGGCAGGGAGAAGAGGGCUCGGCAGACCACGAUUGACGAGAUGUAUGCCAGGCAGAAGCUGGCUGAGUUCACAGACGCAUGGCUUCAGUGGAUCUACAUGAAGAAGUUGCCAUUCAACGCCUUCCGUGGUCCGGAGUUCCAGAGGGUGCGAUAGGCAGCAGAGAGAGUGCCUCGCUCUAUCUAGUUCCAGUUUCCCUCCUACAGGGUUACAGCGGGCGCCGGUAUCCCUUUGCAG